UGUUUAAUCAUCAGUUCAAACACGGAACUGCCCCAUUCACCUCUCUGCAUGCAGCACUCUGCCUCAAGCAGGACAGCAACAAAACAUCCUGCUUGUGGUCCAGUGAGGGGAGGAUUGCGUUAGUCAGAACAGAUUGUGGAGUUGUGACUUUUAGGAGGCUCUGCGGUAAGAUUUAGGAGGUGAUCAGAGAAGAAGAUGUCUAAUUCCACCAUCAACUUCUACGCCCUGACACAGUCCUUCAGCUUCUCAGACAUUAUCGUCAUAGCCACAUACUUUCUCCUGAACCUCGCAGUGGGCAUCUGGUCUUCAUGCAGGGUGAGCAGGAACACUCUGAGUGGGUAUUUCUUGGCUGGGCGAGACAUGGCCUGGUGGCCGAUUGGAUCAUCCCUCUUUGCCAGCUCAGAGGGCUCUGGUCUGUUCAUCGGCCUGGCCGGGACCGGAGCUGCAGGCGGCAUCGCUGUUGCUGGUUUUGAAUGGAAUGCUACAUACGUGUUGCUGGCUCUGGCUUGGAUUUUUGUUCCUGUCUACAUCUCCUCAGGGAUUGUGACCAUGCCAGAGUACCUGGGACGCCGUUUCGGAGGAGAGAGGAUCCGGACUUACCUGGCUGUCCUUUCUCUGCUGCUGUCUGUCUUCACAAAGAUAUCGACUGACCUGUACUCUGGAGCGCUGUUUGUUCAGGUGUGUCUGGGGUGGAACCUCUACCUGUCCACUGUCCUAAUGCUGGUGGUCACUGCUUUCUAUACAAUUGCAGGCGGUCUCGCUGCUGUCAUCUACACAGACACUCUGCAAACAUUUAUCAUGAUUGUUGGUGCAAUCAUCCUGACCAUUACAGCAUUCAAUAAGAUCGGUGGGUAUGGAAACCUGGAGCGUGUGUACAGUAUAGCGAUUCCCAAGAAGAUUAUCCCGAACAGUACCUGUCACCUGCCACGGGCCGACGCCAUGCACCUGUUCCGAGACGCCGUCACCGGAGACCUGCCAUGGCCCGGCAUGACUCUGGGUCUCACCAUACUGGCCACCUGGUAUUGGUGCACCGACCAGGUCAUUGUACAGCGCUCCCUAUCUGCUAAGAACAUGAGCCACGUUAAAGGAGCAUCAAUCUUCGCCGCCUAUCUCAAACUGCUGCCCUUCAUCUUCAUCAUCCUCCCUGGCAUGAUCAGCAGGGCGCUCUAUCCAGACUCAGUGGGAUGUGUGGAUCCAGAGGAGUGUGUGCGUGUGUGUGGAGCGGAGGUGGGUUGCUCCAACAUCGCCUUUCCCAAGUUGGUCAUUGAACUUAUGCCAAGUGGCUUAAGGGGCCUGAUGAUAGCUGUCAUGAUGGCUGCUCUUAUGUCCUCCCUGACCUCCAUCUUUAACAGCAGCUCCACUCUCUUUACUAUGGACAUCUGGAAGAAGCACCGCCCACGAGCUUCUGAGAAGGAGCUGCUAUUGGUCGGCAGGAUUGCGACAGUGAUCCUGGUGGUGGUCAGCGUGGUGUGGAUCCCCAUCCUGCAGUCUGCCAACAGUGGUCAACUGUACGUCUACAUCCAGUCAGUGACCAGCUAUCUUGCCCCACCUGUAACUGCUGUAUUUGCUCUGGCUGUUUUCUGGACGAGAACUAAUGAACAGGGGGCAUUCUGGGGCCUCAUGGUGGGUUUGGUGGUCGGUGUGUGUAGGAUGGUGUUGGAGUUCGCCUUCCCUCCUCCCAGAUGCGGAUUUGAAGAUUCAGCACCGAUGAUUCUCCGCAGCGUUCACUACCUCCAUUUCGCCAUCCUGCUGUGUGGACUCACUGCAAUCGUGGUCGCUGUAAUAUCUCUGCUUACACCACCACCCAGCCAUGAGCAGGUGUGUAACCUGACAUGGUGGACAAUAACAGAAGAACUACAGCAAGAUAUUUCAUUACAAAAAGUGUCCUCUGUCAGCCGCCGUAGUUCUCAGGGCGCUGAGCCAACACAUCAGAUGACAUGUGCACACGGGGCAAGCUUAUGCAUCUCAGCAAUGCGGUGCUCACAGCAGACUCCAGCUCCCAGAGUUCCCAGCUUAAGAGAGAGCCCAUUCUGGUCCAGGUUCUGCUGCAUCAAUGCAGUCGUGCUGGUCACCAUUAACAUUUACCUGUAUGCGUACUUUGCCUGAGCCAAGGAUCUGACGGGACGUCAUGCAGAACUUUUAACUCUGAGAGAAGAUGGGCCAACUCAGCGUUCAGAAAGGGAUGUGGAAGGAGGCCACGUUGGUGGCACACGCCAAUGUUUUUCAUUAAAGUAAAGACUCCUACUAUUUGUAGAAUGUAAAACUCAAUUUCAAACAGAAAUUGUGCUUUGGAAAAGUUCUUCUUUUUUCUUUACUAUUAGAAUAAAUCUAUUUCUUUGAUGGAUCACUCUCAA